GAGUACGAUAGUCCGGCCACAAGAAGAAGAAGAAGAAGCCUGAGGUCAGAGGCCAUUCUUUAUUAUUCCUCCAUUAUAAAAAAAAGAGCAAAAUAUCGGCCGUUAGAGGAGACUGAGGGAUGUGAGCACGUGAUUUAGUCCCGGGAGAAGAGGACAGACGAGGAAAAUGGAGCCCAGCCAGCCCACUGAACCCGAAAUGGUGGUAAACACGAGUACCACCUCCACUUCAACUCCACUCCCCUCCACCUCACCUCCUCCACUCGUGCCCUCCACCGCCGCCGCCGCCAACACCUCCGGGGAGGGCGGCAACGAGGAGGGCUUCUGUAAAUACAUCCUGUACGUGGACAUCGCGGACUCCAGGGUGGGCGUGUGGGACCUGCUGCUGCUGCUGCCCACCUUGCUGUUCCUCAUUGGCCUGCUGCUCAAGAUCAACAGCGCCCGCCUCAAGCUGCGCGCCGUACACAGCCCCAUCUACGCCACCUUCUACGGCCUGAUCUGGCUGAACACGCUGGUCUCUCUGGCGCGGUGUAUUGUGUCCAUGACCGUCAGCGCCACCACGCACUCCGGGGACGUCGCCAACAAGCUCCUCUACGUCUUCGUCUGCUUCUUCCUCCUCACCACGGAGAUGAGCGUCGUUAUCUUCGCUAUCUUCUUCGGUCACCUGGACAACCGCACCAGCAUCCGUCGCGUCCUGGUGGUGACCUCGAUGAUAGCGCUGCCGUACGCCGCGGUGCAGGGGGCCCUGGAGGUGCUGGCGCCCGACCCGGAUUUCUACGUCAGCAGCCGGAAUUAUGACCUCUUCGGGCACGGCGGAUCGCUCUUCUGGCUGGCGUCCUCGGUGGUGUUUACUCUGAUCUACUCCUUCAUCCUGGUGUUGAGACUGGAUUGCCUGAGGAAGCGGUUUCUGUUCUUGCUGUGGAUGCCAAUGAAGCGCGCAUUCUACAUCUACCUCGGGUUCCUGGUGUGUCUCAACCUCCUGCAAAGCGUUGGGUGUCUGCUGCACCAUCUCAACAUUUUCCCCGGCCUCUGCCUCGUCAACCUCACCACCUGGACCUACCUGUCGCUGCUCACCCCACUCAUCUACUACACCUUCAUCUCAGAGUUCUUUGGCCAGAAGAGUCGAGAGCAGGUUGAGAACAUCGUCUUCUCAUACAAGUCUGAGGACGAGGACGACACCAGCUCCCUUCCGCUGCCGGGCCCAGAGUUCCCGCAGCAGAAUAUUUACCAGUGUGGUGGGGCGCCGUACAGCAGCCUAUCCGAGGACGGGCUGGUGGUGGGGGGCGUGGUGGGGGGCAUCGGGGUUAGUGGCAGAGACAUACACACCACCCCCAUCAACCCCCUCUACACCGCCUCGCUCCAAAGCCCAGACUCCAUCACCGGCUACUCCAUCAACUCAGUGGACGACAUUACCAUCACAGCGUAUAACAAGUCACAGAUGGUGCAGUGAUUGAGGUGACGAUAUGGCUUGAGGUGGGGUUGAGGGGUAAUGGGGGAGGAGGAAGGACUCACUCACACACAGACUCACAGUACAAUAGUUUGGCAGGAGACUGGUUUUGACGAGCUGUCGAAAUGCGUCCUAUGUUAAAAUCUGUCCCAUGUUAUUUUAUUCCUGUAUUUGUUUUGUAUCGUUUUUAUUUAUUUUUAUUUAUUUUCCGUUUUUUUAUUGGUGAAAGGGGACGGAUUUUGACGAGGUGUUGUAAUGCGUCCUAUAUUAAAAUCUGUCCCAUGUUAUUUCAUUCCUGUAUUUGUUUUGUACCGUUUUUAUUCAUUUUUCAUUAUGUAUAUUUUUUUAUUGGUGAGAAGGGACGGAUUUUGACGAGGUGUUGUAAUGCGUCCUAUAUUAAAAUCUGUCCCAUGUCAUUUUAUUCCUUUAUUUGUUUUGUUUCGUUUUUAUUCCUUUUUAUUUAUUUUCUUCCAUUUUAUUUUAUUUUAUUUCAUUUUUUUGUGAAAGGGGACGGAUUUUAACGAGGUGUUGUAAUGCGUCCUAUAUUUAAAGCUGUCCUGUGUCCUUUUAUUCUUGUAUUUGUGUUGUAUCGUUUUUAUUUAUUUCUCUUUAUUUUUUUCCAUUUAUUUCUCAUUAUAUAUUUUUUUUUAUUGGUGAGAAGGGACGGAUUUUGACGAGGUGUUGAAAUGCAUCCUAUAUUGAAGUCUGUCCUAUGUCAUUUUAUUCUCGUAUUUGUGUUUUGUCAUUUGUAUUCAUUUUUAUUUUUAUUUUUCCAUUUAUUUAUUUUUUCAUCACUUUUUUAUCGGUGCAAGGGGACGGAUUUUGACGAGGUGUUGUAACGCGUCCUAUAUUUAAAGCUGUCCUAUGUCAUUUUAUUCUUGUGUUUGUGUUUUAUCAUUUAUCUUCAUUUUUAUUUAUUUAUUUAUUAUUUUUUUUCCCCAUUCCCUUAUAGCAAAGAGUAGCUAUAUAUAUGUGUGUGUGUGUGUGUGUGUGUGUGUGUGUGUGUGUGUGUGUGUGUGUGUGUGUGUGUGUGUGUGUGUUUUA